UUGACGCCCAGGAAGCCCCGAUCAAACUAUUACCCAGAUCGACCCAGAUUCCCAUGGAUUCCAGACAGCGAUGAUCCUAUAUAUUAUAAGCCUGUUGACUUUGUAACAAUGUUUAAGAUUUUAUUGACGGGUAGCUGUUGGAGUCGAUAAUGCUGGAUGAUUGCAGUCAUGCGGUUCACAUACAUUUGUAGGCUGUUGGGGAUUGGGAGCGAAGCCCCCAGUGCCCAAUGCCAGGAGGACGUGGAGUGUAGAGCAGCGACCCCUGACCAAACCGAUGAAGUCGAACUCUCGCAGGAACAGGACCUUACUGGAGAGGAGGGUCUGAGUGAGGAAGAGAAGGCCAAGCGCAGAGCGGAACGACGAAGGGCCAAGAAGAAGCGUCGACGGGAGCGCAAGAAGCUGAAGGAGGUCAAGAAACCUGAGGGCACAGAGCAGGAUGUUGAAGAUGGGGAUGAUGACGCUGGUGAAUCUGAGGAGGAAGAAGAUAGUAUGUCUGAAGCAGAGAUUGAAGAGCAGGAGCCAGAAGAGGAAGGAAAAACAGAAUAUAAAGUCAUACCUCGCUCCAAGGAGCCCCCCGGCUCUUCCCCAUCUCCCUCCGGGACUAAGGAACCCCAAAAGAUCACAGUACAACAUUCCCAAGAGGAACCUGAAUGGGAUGUGAGCAGUGCCUUUUUUGCUAAUGCUGCUAGCCACAUCAGGCCAAAAGGGCGGUCCAAACAUGGCCGCAAGUGCAAAGAAAAUAAGGAGAAUGAUGCUAGGACAAAAGAGGUGAAUGGAACAGAUGCUGUGACUAAGAGAAGUGCCUCAUUGACAGAAAAAGGGAUCAGGCUGGUCCAGGAAGGCCAGUAUGCUCAGGCUGUCAGCAUGUUUACAGAAGCCAUCAAAUACGACCCAAAAGAUUACAGGUUCUUUGGUAACCGGUCAUACUGUUAUGGCUGUUUGCAGCAGUUCCCCCAGGCCCUGGCUGAUGCCGAGAUGUCCAUUCAGCUGGCACCUGACUGGCCUAAAGGGUACUUCCGUAAGGGCAGUGCCCUCAUGGGCAUGAAGAGGUACAGCGAGGCGGAGAAAGCCAUGGAACAGGUGCUGGAGCUGGAUGAAGACUGUGAAGAGGCCGUCAAUGAUCUCUUCAACUGCAAAGUCUUACAGCUGAUGGAGCUGGGUUUUAAGGAGACGCAGAGCGUGUUGCUGCUGGACAAAUUCACCACUGUAGCGGCUGUUUUGGCUUCAUCUGAGGCUUCUAGAGUGCUGAGCCAGGACUCCUCAUUGGGCCUUUCGGGGUCCCCUGGUGUGUCUCUUUGGGUGGGGAAUGUGAAGGCUGAGCUGACUGAGAAACACCUGUGGGACCUCUUUAAAACCUACGGCGAGAUAGAGAGCGUGCGCGUUCUCCAUGACCGCACAUGUGCCUUUGUCAACUUCAAGAGAGCCGACAUGGCAGCCGAGGCUAUGGAGAAACUUAACGGCUACAGUAUAGAGAACACCACACUGUUGGUUCGAUACCAAGACCGUCGUACUCAAAAGGUUCUGCCCAUCCCCCUCAAGACCAGUCCUCCAGCAUCACAACAACCAGCUAGUGUUAUGGGUCCUAGACGUCGUGGCCCAGUGAACGGAGAUGAGUGUUACUUCUGGAGGACCACUGGCUGCCAUUUUGGGGACAAGUGUCACUACAAACAUAUUCCUGAACAGAAGGGCAAGGACCGAAAGCCUUGGCAACCGUGAGCCCAACUCUGGACCUUUUGUGGAAACCUGGACCCCAUUGCCAAUGUUGACUGAGCCAAUGGACUCAAUACUAAGUUUGCCACGUUCUCUCUCUGAGGACAGCAGUAGGAUGUUAUUGUAAUUUAGGACCAUUUUAAGAUUGAUAAAAUAUUUUAUAAUUAGUGCUAUAUGCAUUUGGUCUGUGGUGAAAUACUAAUAGGCAUCACCAGACUGUUGACUGCCUUUAGGUUCUGCAAGGGAACCCCAACCUCAUCACAUUGAAGCCUUAAAAACCUUUCUAGAACCACGUGUUAGCCUCUGUUAGCCAUAUAGUUAGCAUCAGUUAGACUAACAGCUGGCAUCAUUUAGCCUUACAGCUCACAUUACCAGCAUCCGUUAGCCUAGCAUCAGAAUGUGACUAAUUUCACUGCUCUGGGUUUCUCUAGUAAGCCGUAGUACCAGGCCCCUGGUGCCAACUUGGCUCGACUAUGCUAGGCUAAGCUACACUAGGCUAAUUUAGGCUAGACUGAGUGGCCAGACCAGUCCUGUCUUGGAUUUAUGACCUGGGCAGCUAUGCUCUCCUCUUAACCUCGUCCCUCACUUCCUGUGGCAAUAUCGACUAACCGGAAUGGACCAGGCCAUCCUCACACCGAAGGAGCACCAGUAACCACCCAGACGACCACACCAAAGAAGACCCAGCCUGAAGCAGAUUCACCCUGCUGUUUCAGUUUUUCCCCAAGAGAGUGGUGCCUCCCACUUUGCCUUGGUGCUAAGCAACCUGCGUAAAAACAAAACUAUGUAGACACCAAACAGUUGAAAACUAACUUAAACAGGGAAGGACUCUCUACCCACUAAGAUGAACAUAAUGUUAUUCUUGUUUUUGGGAAAUAUUUUCAACCUUUUCCUUUCUUAAAGCACUUGAGCCAUACCUUGAACUACAUGGGGCUAUGGGCUUUGUGCUAUUGGCUUUAGCUGUAUCUUCCAGUGCAAUGUGUCUAUGCCCAUAGUGAUGAUCUUUUU